AACUACACAACCAAACCCAAAGGCCAAACUCAACUGUUUGCCCCAACUCUCUCUCUCUCUCUCUCUCUCUCUCUCUCUCACAGUACUCAACAAUGGCGGCCACUUCUUUUACACCAUCGCUUUCUACACCAUCCGUUUCUUCAUCAUCAUCGUCUAAAGUUGAAACUAAAACCUUUGGAUUCAAUCUGGGGUUUAUAUCGUCCUCUUCACCCAAUCUAAAGUCCCUGAUAUAUCGGGUACCCACCAAUAAUGCCUCGUCAAGCGGACGCUCGUCGCUCUCGGCUCGAAUGGUCUCGGCCCCUUCCCUGACUCCCACGACGUCACUUAACUUCGAUACCUCCGUGUUCAGGAAGGAGAAGGUCUCUCUCGCUGGCCACGACGAGUACAUUGUAAGAGGAGGGCGGGAUUUGUUUCAUCUGUUGCCUGAUGCAUUCAAGGGGAUUAAACAGAUUGGAGUAAUUGGCUGGGGUUCCCAGGGACCUGCCCAAGCUCAGAAUUUGAGGGACUCUCUUGCAGAGGCAAAAUCUGAUAUUGUGGUGAAGAUUGGACUGAGGAAGGGCUCUCGAUCAUUUGCUGAAGCUCGUGCUGCAGGAUUCACUGAGGAGACUGGAAGUCUGGGUGAUAUUUGGGAAACUGUUGCAGGCAGUGAUCUUGUGCUGUUACUGAUAUCCGAUGCAGCACAGGCAGAUAAUUAUAAGGAAGUCUUCUCCCGCAUGAAACCAAACAGCAUCCUUGGACUUUCCCAUGGUUUUCUUCUUGGACAUUUGCAAUCCUUGGGCCUUGAUUUUCCAAAGAACAUUAGUGUAAUUGCUGUUUGCCCCAAGGGGAUGGGGCCUUCUGUAAGGAGACUCUAUGUUCAAGGGAAAGAGAUAAAUGGCGCUGGAAUAAAUUCCAGUUUUGCUGUUCACCAGGAUGUUGAUGGUAGAGCUACAGAUGUUGCAUUGGGUUGGUCGGUCGCCCUUGGUUCUCCUUUUACUUUUGCCACUACACUAGAGCAGGAGUAUAGGAGUGACAUUUUUGGGGAGAGAGGUGUUUUGCUUGGUGCUGUUCAUGGAGUUGUUGAGUCCUUGUUUAGGAGAUACACCGAGAAUGGAAUGAGUGAAGAUCUGGCCUACAAGAAUACUGUUGAGUGCAUAACAGGCUUAAUAUCAAAGACCAUUUCAACAAAGGGUAUGUUGUCUGUGUACAACUCAUUGUCAGAAGAUGGCAAAAAGGAAUUUCACUCUGCAUAUAGUGCUGCAUAUUAUCCUUGUAUGGACAUCUUGUAUGAGUGUUAUGAAGAUGUUGCUACUGGGAGUGAGAUUCGAAGUGUUGUUUUGGCAGGACGUCGAUUUUAUGAAAAGGAAGGGUUACCAGCAUUCCCGAUGGGCAAGAUAGAUCAAACACGGAUGUGGAAAGUUGGUGAGCGUGUCCGAGCAACACGACCUGGAGGUGACUUGGGCCCAUUGUAUCCUUUCACUGCUGGGGUUUUUGUGGCACUGAUGAUGGCUCAGAUUGAGGUCUUGAGGAAGAAGGGGCACUCAUAUUCAGAAAUCAUUAAUGAAAGUGUGAUUGAAGCGGUUGAUUCUCUGAACCCUUUCAUGCAUGCUAGGGGAGUCUCAUUCAUGGUUGAUAACUGUUCUACGACAGCACGGUUAGGAGCAAGAAAGUGGGCCCCGCGUUUCGACUACAUUCUUACUCAACAGGCUCUGGUGUCAGUGGAUGCGAGAGCUCCCAUCAACCAGGACCUAAUUAGCAACUUCCUGUCUGAUCCUGUUCAUGGAGCUAUUGAAGUCUGUGCGCAAUUAAGACCAACUGUUGACAUUUCAGUUCCUGCAGAUGCUGAUUUCGUCCGCCCUGAGCUGCGCCAUUCUAGCAAUUAGAGUUCAGGAGAUAUGCUAGAAUGAGACGUACGUUUUAUGAGGUCCAGCAGUUUUGAGUUAGUUUUUUGGCCUAGCUGGAAGAAACAUUUCUCGUUGGGACAAUGAAAGUCUGAAUCAUUGUUCUUAUUAAACGGUGCAAGCGUGAGCAUGUCCUUUCAUUUUGGUCGAUUUUCUUUUUAUUCUUGUUUAUCUGGAAUUCUGUUAAACUCAUAAGAUGUUGGAUAUUUGUGGUGAUCAUAUUUCUUUUGCAGAACUUAGCAACGUUGAUAUCAGUACUCCUUAAAGGGGGGGAAAAAAAACAUGUACUCAGAUCAAAAUCUCUCUCCUAGUCAUAAAGGAAUUUUAGC